CGGACCGGGUCUGAGCCAGCGUGUCCGGGCAGCCCCGGUCCCGGGGGGAGGGAGCCGGGAGUGGCCCCCGGCGCCGCCUGGGAGCAUGUUCCCGUCUCGGAGGAAGCCGGCGGUGUAUGUCCGGGAGGAAGCCGGGUCCCGCCGGCUGCUGGCACUCCUGCCGCGGAAAUGCUCAGUUUUCCGGCUCUUCUUCGCGGCGCUGCUUCUGGGCUUUCUCUCACUGCUGUGGCUGCAGCUCAGCUGCUCAGGUGAUGUGGCCCGUGAGGGGCGCGGGGCAGUGGCCCCCAACCCCCUGAAGCCUUGCCCCCCAGAGUCCCGGGCCUCAUGGGCUGAGGACCCAUCAUGGGGCCCCCACCGCCUGGCGCUGCUGAUCCCCUUCCGGGAACGCUUCGAGGAGCUGUUGGCUUUCGUGCCCCACAUGCAUCGCUUCCUCAGCAGGAAGAGGAUCCGCCACCACAUCUUUGUGCUCAACCAGGUGGAUCAUUACAGGUUUAACAGAGCGUCUCUGAUCAACGUCGGCUUCCUGGAGAGCGGCAAUGACACCGAUUACAUUGCCAUGCACGACGUUGACCUCCUGCCCCGUAACGAGGAGCUGGACUACGGCUUCCCAGAGGCAGGGCCCUUCCAUGUGGCAUCCCCAGAGCUGCACCCGCUGUACCACUACAAAACCUAUGUGGGCGGCAUCCUCCUGCUCACCAAGCAGCACUACGAGAUGUGCAAUGGGAUGUCCAACCGCUUCUGGGGCUGGGGGCGAGAGGAUGAUGAGUUCUAUCGCCGGAUCAAAGGAGCUGGCCUCCAGCUUUUCCGCCCCUCGGGAAUAAAGACUGGAUACAAGACAUUCCAGCACCUGCAUGACCCAGCCUGGAGGAAGCGAGACCAGAAGCGCAUUGCUACCCAGAAGCAGGAGCAGUUCAAGGUGGAUCGGGACGGGGGCCUGAACAACGUGAGGUAUCGGAUUGAGUCCCAGACGGCGCUGAGUGUGGCUGGAGCUCCCUGCACUGUCCUCAAUAUCCUGCUGGACUGUGAUGCCAGCAAGACCCCCUGGUGCACAUUCAGCUGAGCAGCCUGCCCUAGGCCCCAGUCAUGCUUGCCAUGCUGAGAUGCCCAGGGACUGCAGCGGGGCCAUUUGGAGCAGGGCAGGUUCACUGUGGCAGCUAAGCGCAAGGGCGGAGCAUGGAGGCGACAGGCUGGAAGAGGGCUGAGAAGCCAGCCCAGCUCCUCAGUCGGUGCAGCUGGACGGGCAGAACUGAGACCAAGACGCUGUGGCCUCAGCACAGAUGCUGCCAUUACCGCAGGAAGGCCGCUCCCUCGCGCUGGCCAUGGCAGAGCUGCCUCCAUGCUCGAAGGAGACAGUAAAGACCCAUCAGGACCAUGUAAUGUCAAUCCACUGAGCCACGCCCUGCUUUCCAUGCCAGUGCCCAUAUGCCAGCCUCGGUCAGGCACUAUUCCCGCUUCUCGCUCCCUUGCUGUCCUACUGCUCUGUGAUUCCAAGAGGAAGCAGGGAUGGAAGCCAGGCUGUGAGUGUCUGCCAGUGCCCCAGCUCCCUGGCAGACCCACUGGAACUGCAGCAGUCAGGGCAGGAGGCUCACAAGAGAGGUUUGGUUGAUGCAGUGGAGCCAUGGGACCCAGAACUUUAUUAACACGAGCUGGGAUUUCAGCAGAGGAUGGGACGUAUUGGCUACAAUACUGCCCAGAACUUCCCAUUCCCCUUCAUGUGGCUUCUAGGUCCCGCUGCCCACCCCUGCUUUCUGUGGAGUAAGGUCAUGUUUCUGUUGAACCCCAGCUAGUGAGCAUGUCACUGCUCACCGGCUGCAUCCCUCCAGAGCACCAGCAGUGCCAGUGCCACUUCCCACAGUACACAACAUACCCCAGCCUUCUCCAUGGGGCUUGAGUGAGUAUCUGGUGCCUUGGCCUCUGGUGUCCCCUUCUCUGCUGGCCUGCCCUCUCCCAGCUCUAGUUAGGAAAUCCUGUACGAUGUGUUUCCCUGGAAUGUAAUGGCUGCUAAUUCACUGCAGUGGUAGCAUUAAAGCCCGGGGAGCCAUA